UGACCACCCACACGCUCAGCAAGUCAGCAUGGCAAGAAGCGCGCCACGAGUUUCAACGGGGUCAGGCUUUCGUUGCGAAGCAUGCACAUGCAGCAUGCAUUGAUAUGACUCGUGUUGAUAAAUCUCGAGAGGAUGAACCACAAUCCUCGAAGCGUCAACGACGAGAGAUGGAAGAAACAGUACCUUCUUGUUGUCGUGAGGAAAACGAACGUCGAGAGCAUCCACCGAAAGUCCCCGAAUUGAGAACAAAGUGCAUCGACAAGAGUACGUGGAAUGGCUACAAACGUGACGAUUUGCUCCGCGUCCUGGCAGUACAAUUUGGUCAUGACGGAUUUCGUCCUGGCCAAGAAGCAGUUAUGAUGGCUGCGGGUCGCGGUCAAGAUGUGUUUGUUCUUAUGCCAACUGGGGCUGGAAAGAGCUUGUGCUACCAACUCCCUGCAUGCAUCGACGGUGGCCUGACAAUAGUGGUUUCCCCGCUAUUGUCGCUCAUUGAAGAUCAAGUCCACCAGCUAAAAGCGCUAGGGAUUCGAGCAAAGAUGUUGACGUGCGGAGUACCACGUGACGAACAGAACGGCAUUUACUCGGAUCUCAUGGCUUCGACAAAGCCUCCCAUCCAAUUGCUGUACAUCACGCCAGAAACGUUGGUAUCAAGCAAGCGUUUGAAGCGAGCGAUGUUGCAACUCUUCCAUCAAGGAAUGUUGUCCCGUUUUGUCAUUGACGAAGCUCAUUGUAUUUGUCAAUGGGGACACGAUUUUCGUAAGGAUUACAUGGAGCUCGGCCUGUUGCGCCGACGGCAUCCUGGUGUAAACUUCAAACCUACACCCGCUGAAAGCACUAUCGCGAUGAAUUAUAGGUUCCUAUUACCGCUUUGACUGCUACUGCUAGCGAUAAGGUGGUGCAAAGCAUUGCAGCGUCCUUGAGACUCUUUGCCCCCCAUGUCGAAAAGACCAGCUUCAAUCGGCCAAACCUAUCCUAUACAUGCCGGCUCAAAACAAGCACGUUCUUGAAAGACUUGAAGAAUUUUGUCAUGAAUCGUCUUGGCGAAUCUGGGAUCAUAUAUUGUUUGUCCAGGAAAGACUGCGAGAUGCUCGUGUCCGACCUCACUGAAGGCGACCAGUCGCACCACUGGGUCAACUUUUAUCACGCUGACUUGGACAACAACGAAAAAACUUUCCGGCAUCAAGCAUGGAGUCAAGGAAAAAUUAAACUGAUGGUCGCAACCAUGGCGUUUGGCAUGGGCAUUCACAAGCCCGACGUGCGAUAUGUCAUUCACCACAGUCUGCCGCAAUCCAUCACCCAUUUUUACCAGGAGUCUGGACGAGCAGGGCGGGAUGGUUCACCUGCAGAAUGUGUAGUAUUCUAUUCAUACAAAGAUUAUUCUCGCCGCAAGAAAAUGUUGCCAUGUGGGACAUCUCGCCAAGCACACUUUCAAAACCUUCGUGAUGUCAUGGAAUUGUGUGAGAACACGGCAAAGUGCCGUCGGCAAAUGCUCCUGGAGUAUUUUGGAGAAUCUUGGACAGAUAGUUUGUGCCAACAAACAUGUGAUACGUGUCAAGGUCAGGCCGUGGUUGCCAUGGAUAUCACCGACGACUGCCUUGCACUAUGGAACAUUGUUAAACAUUGCACACAACUGGGUAUCCAGUCGACGUUGAUACAAGUUGCCCAUUUGUACAUGGGAAAGAAGUUGACAGGGAAGCAAAAAGGCGUCGUGUUAUCCAAGAUUCCAGGAUUUGGACACGCCAGGGCCAAGAACUACACCCGUGAGCAUGUCGAGGGACUGCUCUACUUCAACGUGUACCGUCAAUACCUCUCCGAAACGGUAUGUACUUGGUCCAUAGUAACCAAAUAUCUUCGUUAUUCUCGUUCUCAGUCGAAGGUCAACGGUAAAUACACCACAUAUUUCCUACGCCUGGGGCAUCAGCACCUGGCGUUUGUCGAAGGCACUCGCAUCUAUAUGCAUACUACUCACCCCGUUUUGGACGACAUCGGCGAAUACGACGACAGAAGCACGCACGAUUAAGACGCAAACACCACGAAGGUAUUUAAACUCAAGGUGAAAAUAGAAAGUCGACCUCAAUAUCGUCAUCCGUGCCUUCAAUCACCAACAGCUUCACCGACUGAUCAUCCGCCGCGUGUCGCGCGGCAAACGAGUUCUUCUUCGUGAAUUCCUCGAGCAUGUACAGGGAGUUUUCCGGCUGAUUCAUCGGGACCAUGUGGCCCGCCUCAAACACUUGCAAGAACGUGAGCCCUUGGAGACUGCGCACUUUGCCUGCUUUCUUGCCCUUUACAACCCAGUCGACGUCCUCAAUUUGCUGGAAUUGCGAGCGGUACUUCCAGUUCAACGCCAAUGUCCACGCCUUGCAACCCAUCCAGUUGACAAUAAAGUCGGCGUCGCCAGCGUACACAAGAACUUCGAUACCGUUCUCAACCAUGGGAGUCACCAACCCGUCAAAGUUCUUCAUCCAGUCGUAGCUGAACGCGGCGUGCACGACCAUGUUGCACGACUCCCACUUGGAACUCUUAGGACUCACGUGGAGGGCUUUCAGCGUCGACGGAAGGCGCAAGAACUUUUCGAUUGAACUGAAGUCGUAACACAAGGGCAAGUGCUGGCAUUUCUCGCGAAUAUCGUACACGUUCAAGCCGGACAAUUGAUAGGGCGACACGAGCGCAGCGUUGCAAUACACUUGGGCAACAAGGCACGCGACGUUUGUUUUCUGGCACAAAUCGAUCAUCUUGAUGCACGCGGGAACAGCUGCCUUCUCCGUUGCGUAAAUCUCGGCUGAGAUGGCUUGCACGCCGUAUGUGUUGUUGUACGCCAUUUCCGGAUACCACUUGUACUGCACCUCGGGUGUGGUCAAGCCAUUGCCGAUACCGAUGCCCUUGAGGUUGAUCUUCGGGUUGGUGCUCUCUUUGUUGCCAACGUAAAUGCGGUGGGCCACGGCAGGAACAUAGUGGCCGGCAUAGCUCUCGCCAAACACGUAGAAAUCGUUCUUGGCGUAUUCGGGGUGCACUUGGAAGAACUCUUGUAAAAAGUGAUACAUGUCGUUCCCAACCAUGGUUUCGUCUGUGUCGUAUUCGCUAGUGUCCCCAUAGCUGAAGCCAACACCGGCAGGUUGAUCGAUCCACAUGAUGUUUGACUUUUCGUUCCAUGAAAACGGGUUUCGCUUGAUGGUCAGGUCGUCAUUCACAGUACACGGUCCGUUCUCCCCCAGGAGCGCCAAGAUGGAGCUACAUCCGGGCCCACCCGUGAGCCAAAUGACGAAUGGGUCUGUAGAAGGUGCAUUGCGCGACUCAAAGAACCAGUAGAAGUAGUUCUUGCUCUUGGACCCGUCAAUCUUGAAGUAACCACUCAGUUGCUUGGUGGUAUCACAGAAUCCUUCUUCGACUGGGGCGUCGUCCAACGUCCCAUGGAAGUCCAUGCUAUGGUUUCCCAACAUUAAGUUCCACGAGAUGUCGCCCAUGGCGACUUUGGCAAGUAGCGCGGAGGCGACACCGACGACAGCCGCAAAUCCUUUCAUCGUGUUGAUGGCAAAU